UAUAAGAAAAUUGCUUGUCAUUCAUUUGCCGAGUAAAACAUAAAAAUAAGCUUGGAAUUAAUUCUUAUUAAGUUCAUUUAAACUGAUUUCUUUUAAAAUAAAAAUUUGGUGUUCAAAGAGUGCGAGAAAAUGGUUUUUGGAAAUGAUUGGAUGAAUGCUCCUGAAAGCACCGGUACUACCAUUAUGGCAGUUGAGUUUGAUGGCGGUGUGGUCAUUGGUGCUGAUUCACGUACAAGUACUGGGACAUACGUUGCAAAUCGAGUUACAGACAAAUUAACAAAAAUAACUGAUAAGAUCUAUUGCUGUAGAAGUGGUUCUGCAGCAGACACACAAGCUAUAGCUGAUAUAGUGGCGUACUCUUUGAAUUAUCAUGAGAAUGUUACUGGAGAAGAAGCAUUAGUAACUGAUGCAGCAUCAGAAUUCCGAAACUUUUGUUUCAAUUAUCGUGAUUCCUUAGUUGCUGGGAUAAUUGUUGCAGGGUGGGACAAAAAACUAGGUGGACAAGUUUAUUCCAUACCAUUAGGUGGGAUGUUAUUGCGUCAACCCAUAACAAUUGGAGGUUCUGGUAGCAGUUAUAUUUAUGGAUUUACUAGAGAAUUCUAUAAGCCCGGAAUGGCAAAAGACGACUGCGUAGAAUUUGUUAAAAAAUCCGUUCAUCAUGCAAUGUAUCAUGACGGUAGCUCUGGUGGUGUCUGUAGGAUUGGAAUCAUAACUAAAGAUGGUAUUGAAAGAAAAAUAUUUUACGCAACAAAAAGUGGUUUGUCUCAAGAAGUGUUUCAACAUGAAUUUUAAAGUAAAAUAAAAAUUUUAUAUGGGAAUCUAACUAAAAA